AUGUUGGAUUUUAAACAACCCUAUUUCGGCCUUCGGGGAGGAUGGCUUACGUUCUGGAUCACGUUGGCCUGUGGUGCUGACAUGACCCUGUAUGGAUAUGACCAGGGAGUCUUCAGCGGCGUUGUGAUUUCGCAGGAUUUUCUUCGCGUGCAUGAUCUCGAAGGGCCGACUAGAACUACGCUCCUCGGGACGGUUACCGCUAUUUACGAUGUCGGGUGUUUUUUGGGAUCGAUAUCUGCAUACUGGCUGGGUGAAAUAUUGGGUCGCAGAAAUACUGUUCUCUUGGGCACUACUGUCAUGUCUAUCGGGGCUCUUCUGCAGGCUUCUUCGUACAGCUUGGGUCAAAUGAUGGCUGGUCGAGUGAUUGCUGGAAUUGGAAAUGGUCUCAAUACAUCUACGGCGCCCAUUUGGCAAGUCGAAACUUCCAAGGUGCAAUGGCGAGGAAAACUUGUCAUCCUCGAGAACGUCCUUGUACUCGUCGGCUUCUCGUUGGCCAACUGGCUAAAUUACGGUCUCUCAUUUGCCAAAGGUCCAGUUUCAUGGCGCUUCCCAUUGUCCUUCCAAUUUAUUUUCAAUAUAAUAUUGUUUUGUACAGUCCCAUGGCUACCCGAGUCUCCGAGAUGGCUCAUUGCCCACGAUCGCGCCGAGAAAGCUGUCCAAAUUAUCGCAGAUCUUGAGGAUAAAGAUAAAGAAGAUCCCUUUAUUCAGCUUCAGGCGACCGAGAUUCAAUACAGUGUCGAGUACGAGAGAGCAAAUAGCGUCAGUUUCAGUGAUAUCAUACGUGGAAAGGGUCACGAAAAGACGGGCACGCAUACAAUUCGCCGACUUCUACUUGGAAUGGGAGCACAAGCCAUGCAGCAAUUCUCUGGUAUCAACGUCACCUCUUACUACUUGCCUACAGUAUUAACCAAAUCUGUUGGCUUGAGCGAAUCUUUGGCCAGGCUUCUCACGGCUUGUAACAGUGUUCAGUACUUGUGUUUCUCUAUGAUUGGCAUUCCAAACGUCGAGCGAUGGGGUCGGCGAAUGCUUCUGAUGUUUGGUGCCGCGGGGCAAUGCUUUUGCUAUAUUUUCAUCACGGCAUUGAUUCGGUAUAAUCAGUUGCCAGAUUAUCCUCAUCGACAUGAAGUAGCUUCGGCAGCUGUGGCCUUCUUCUUUUUGUACUACGUCUUCUUUGGAAUUGGUAUGCAGGGUGUGCCAUGGUUAUAUCCCAAGGAAAUCAACUCGCUCACAAUGCGUACCAAGGGAGCCGCUCUGGGAGCUGCUACAAAUUGGAUUUUCAACUUCAUGGUGGUGGAAAUAACACCCAUUGGCCUUCAGAACCUUGGCUGGCGGUUUUAUAUCAUUUGGGUUGCCUUGAAUGCAGCUAUGGUACCUCUGGUUUACGUCUUUUAUCCGGAAACUGCAGGUCGCACUUUGGAGGACAUAGAUGAGUAUUAUCGCGGAAAUCCCCCGCUUCUGGCAUGCUUCGACAAGGAGGCAAUUUGUAGCAAGCGCCCUGAGCGGUACAACCGUCGGGAUGAACAUGUUAUUCGUGCGAAAGAGGGUGACGGCUCGGAGGAGCCCCAGCACUUGGAAAGCACGGCAGAUACUGGUGCGUGA